UCCCCCUUUUCUCAAUGACUGUUCGUUAAUUAUUGAAUUUUUCAUGAGCUCACGAGAGAGUUUGUAAGAAAGUCAUUAUCAUCCCUUUACCGAAUCUGUUCCUACUCUCAACCACCGUUUUCUCCUCACACUGCAUUGCAUUUUCAAAUUCACAUAAUGUUUCUUCACUAAAGUCCAUUUCAGUUACAGAGAGUGUGUGAGAGAGAGAUGGAGAGACAAAGAAGCUUCUCCAUCAAGUCCACAAGCGUCUUCUUAGCAUUAAUUAUCACAACAAUCUCUUCCGCCGUUAUUUUCUUCACUUUCUUUUCCACUUCCUUACUCAAAUCCAACUCUUCAAACGCUAACAACUUCCAAAUCGAUUUGAGCCCUGUCGCAUCCAUUACCGAGACUACCACCAACCUCCACAUCUCCGAUUCUUCAGUUUCUCCUCCACAAAGUCCGAUUCUGAUCUCGACCCAUUUCAGCCCGCCCGAAAACACUUCCGGGUCCGCGAAAAUUCCAGAUUUUGAGAAGAAGACACGCGGCGAGGUUUCAUCAGUCAAAGUGAUUGAACUCCCGAGCAAAAUUGGCGAAGAGAGGAAGAAGAAGAAGACAAAUAAGAGAAUCUCUCAAGAGUGCGAUGUAACGAACGGGGAGUGGGUUUACGACAGCGACCUUCCAUUGUACACGAACGCGUCUUGUCCGUUUAUCGACGAAGGGUUCGCUUGUCAGAGCAACGGAAGGUUGGAUCUUGAUUACAUGAAGUGGAGAUGGGAGCCUCGUGAUUGUGAUGCGCCAAGGUUCAAUGCUACAAAUAUGCUGGAAAUGAUAAGAGGGAAAAGGCUAGUGUUCGUUGGAGAUUCUAUCAAUAGAAACCAGUGGGAAUCUAUGCUUUGUAUGUUGUUUCAAGCUGUUAAAGAUCCCAAGAGAGUCUACGAAACGCAUAGCCGGAGAAUCACUAAAGAGAAAGGGAACUAUAGCUUUCGUUUUGCGGAUUACAAAUGCACCGUGGAGUUCUACGUUACUCAUUUCUUGGUUCGUGAGGGUAAAGCAAGAGUUGGAAAGAAGCGAAGAGAAACGCUAAGGAUUGAUGCUAUGGAUCGAACCUCUUCGAGAUGGAAAGGUGCUAAUAUCUUGGUGUUCAAUACAGCACAUUGGUGGUCUCAUUACAAAACCAAGUCCGGGGUCAACUAUUACCAAGAAGGAGACUUGAUUCAUCCGAAGCUCGAUGUAUCAACCGCUUUCAAGAAAGCUUUGCAGACUUGGUCAUCAUGGGUUGACAAAAAUGUCGAUCCAAAACGAACUCGAGUUUUCUUUAGAAGCGCAGCACCUUCUCAUUUCAGUGGAGGAGAAUGGAACUCAGGAGGUCACUGCAGAGAAGCCAAGAAGCUGUUGAACCAAACCUUCAAACCGAGUUACUCCAGCAAGAACAUCAUUGUUGAGGAAGUACUCAAGCAGAUGAAAACACCCGUCACUCUCUUGAACGUUAGCGGUUUAUCUCAGUACAGAAUCGACGCUCACCCUUCUAUCUUUGGAGCAAAACCAGAGAACCGACGAUCACAAGCUGUUCAAGAUUGCAGUCAUUGGUGUCUCCCUGGUGUUCCUGAUACUUGGAACCACUUUCUUUACCUCCAUUUGCUCCAUAAACGAUAGUUACCAAAGUUACAAAAUAACAGCUUAAACAUUACUUCUUCACAAGUUUGUUUAAUAGUUCAAUCUGGUUUUAACCAAAUCAGACCAAAACAAAAGAUGAAAACCAAAUUUAAGAUAGAAAGAAAGAAAUAAGCCAGACU